AUGCUGCUUCGACUCAUUCGUCGGCUAGCCACAGCCGCUGAGGGAAAAUCUCAGUUCAACGUAUUCGACCGGAAUGCCAAAUUACUUCAAAAGCAAAGGUCUUCAUUGAUUAAUCCCGACAAACUGCGCACCAAAGAUUAUCUUCGAGAUGAGGUGGCUAAUCGUACAAUUGAACGAUUGGCAUUCAUCACAAGAGGACUUGAUCGUGUCCUUGAUUUUGGAAGUGGUUCUGGUAACUUUUUGCAACAACUUUGCACUACGUCUGAAGUUCCUGCUGGGGGUGAUGAAGCUGACGUCAAAAUCACUGCACAACUCAACGCCGAUAAAGAAACUAUCAGGCUGAAAAUCAAAGAGUUGGUACUAGUUGAAGGUAGCAAAGCUCGGCUAGAACGCGAUGAGUCUCGAGCUGUGGAUUAUCCGUUCCCUGGUAGCGUUGUUCGUGUUUGCACGGACGAGGAAAAGUUCAAAGACGAUAUUUUGGUUGAGAACCUGUUUGAUGCCGUAAUUUCAAAUCUACUGUUGCAUUGGAUCAACGAUUUACCUACAACAUUGGAGAAAAUCAACAAAGUCCUCAAACCUGAUGGAUUGUUCAUGGCCACUUUGAUUGGAGGCGACACAUUGUAUGAACUUCGAACACUGUUACAAUUAGCCGAGCUAGAGCGCCGUGGAGGUAUGGCCAUGCGCGUUAGUCCGCUAGUUCAUUUGAAUGACAUUUCUUCUCUUCUCAAUCGUGCCGGGUUCAGUAUGUUGACAAUUGAUCAAGAGGAAAUUGUCAUUGGCGGAUUCCCUGACAUUGUUCUGAUCAUGGACGAUUUGCAGUGGAUGGGAGAGCAAAAUGCCGUCAACACAAGGGAACUGUAUUUGCCGAAAGAUGUUCUCCUUGCUGCCAAUGAAAUAUAUAAGCUGUUACAUGGAGAGGUUGGUCCCGAUGGCACGAAAACUCUUCCAGUCACCGUCGACAUCAUUUUUAUGAUCGGUUGGAAAAAGAGUGACCAACAACCAAAGCCGCUAGCUCGGGGUUCGGGUCAAAUCAAAUUGAAAGAUGCUUUAAAACCUGAAUAG